GUGCUCCCCCAGGCUGGCCCAGACCCACACCACGUUGAUGCUGGUGGGCUCUCACCUCCUCUUCGUCCUGCGCUCCCCCCUCUCUCCAUCCAGUGAUGGCGAUGAGUUCCGACCCGGGCUGCAGAAGGGACGGCCUCAGCCCUGACCCCGACCCAAUGACCCCUGACCGCAGUGACCUCACCGCCAUGAUGGCCACCGUGACUGUGACGACCACCGAGACGGGCGGCUCACCGGCCAAUGGCGUGAGGAUUGGGGCUCAGCAAGGAGGAGCUAAGAAGGGCCCUGCUCAGCGGCCACACCUCUCAGGGAGGAAGCUGUCGCUACAGGAGCGGGGCACGUACCCAUCGGGGAGGUCAGGAGGGGCUCACGUCUCCCCCCGUGUGGUACGCAGACCCACCGUGGAGUCCAAACGGGUCUCCAUCUCAGACGCCGAGAACUGUAUCCAGCUGAACCAGUACAAGCUGAAGAGUGAGAUCGGAAAGGGCUCCUACGGGGUGGUCAAACUGGCCUACAACGAGGAUGACGACAAACACUAUGCCAUGAAGGUGGUGUCCAAGAAGAAGCUGAUGAAGCAGUAUGGAUUCCCACGUCGCCCCCCUCCUAGAGGACCCAAGGUGGCGGUCCAAGGCGAGCAGCCCAAAGUCCUAGGCCCCCUGGAGAGGGUCUACCAGGAGAUUGCCAUACUCAGGAAGCUGGACCAUCUCAACAUAGUCAAACUGGUGGAGGUGUUGGAUGAUCCUGCAGAGGACAACCUCCACAUGGUAUUUGAUUUGAUGCCAAAGGGUCCAGUGAUGGAGGUCCCCACAGACAGCCCCUUCACUGAGGAGCAAACACGCCUCUACUUCAGAGACAUUGUCCUGGGCAUUGAGUACUUGCACUACCAGAAGAUAGUCCACCGGGACAUCAAGCCUGCUAACGUACUGCUGGGGGAUGACGGCCAUGUGAAGAUUGCUGACUUUGGGGUCAGUAACCAGUUUGAGGGCAACGAUGCCCUGCUCUCCUCUACGGCUGGGACUCCUGCUUUCAUGGCCCCAGAGACCCUGUCAGAUAUCCACCAGAGCUUCAGUGGAAAGGCAUUGGAUGUAUGGGCCAUGGGAGUGACUGUCUACUGCUUUGUGUUUGGGAAGUGUCCGUUCAUUGAUGAAUACAUCCUGGUUCUACACAAUAAGAUCAGGACUAAAUGUGUGGAGUUCCCAGAGUCGCCAGAGAUCAGUGAGGAGUUGAAGACUCUUAUCCUGAAAAUGUUGGACAAGAACCCUGACACCAGGAUCACCAUACCUGAGAUCAAGUUGGACCCGUGGGUGACCCAGGAUGGUUGUGACCCUCUGCCUCUUGAGGAGGACCACUGCAGUAUGGUGGAGGUUACUGAAGAGGAGGUGCAGAACUCUGUCAAGUUUGUCCCCAGCCUGUCCACCGUGAUCCUGGUGAAGGCCAUGCUGCGCAAGAGAUCCUUCAGUAACCCCUAUGAGUGUCCCAGGAGUAGAGCGGAGAGGUCCAUGUCUGCACCUAGCAACCUGCUCAUGGAUGCGUGGCCGUUCCGCCACUCUUUAAAACUGCACCCCUCUCUAAGAAAGGGCAGCAGUGGAGAGGGAAGUAGGGAGGGAGAGCUCGAAGACCUACAUGAAGAUGAACCCUUCUCCUGAAUCCCGUUCCUCCUCCUCUCCUCCAGUCAGCUCAGCUCAGCCCAGUUCUACACAGCCCUCUUAACCGGCAUCUUACGCUACUACCUUCAGUGCUUCUGGACUGAAACAGUGCUUUUUCUUGUGAGAAGUGGUUCAACUCAAGCAUGGCCUCCCCUUUAAAAAUUAUAUGCCCUUCCCCUUUGAAGCCCAAUCUGUACAUUGCCUCUCUCCCUUUAAAUCUAUGAUGCACUCUGCUCUUCUAAUCCUGUCCUUCCCUCCAUCCCCCCCUGAUCUCUCCUCACUCCAUCAUUGCGUGUAAUCACCCAAAGAAGCACAUAGAACCCAGACAACACUGUACCACUGCUAGGCGUACUCAAGACUACUGGAAAUUCCUACUGUAUCCGUCUGCUGGCAUUAUGUUGCUGAGGAGAAGAGGAAUUUUUGUCUGUCGUGUUUCGAUGUCACUUUACCUACACAAUGCAUGGUGAACGUUAUCGCCAUUCAGAGACUCUCUAGGCACCAUUCACAAUCAUGGACAAUAUUGGUGCCCUAAGAGCCAGCAUGACCAAGAGACUGGAGCAUGCAACUGACAUUAUUACGCCCCCUACCGUUUGAAACAAGACAUACACACAGGGCUUUUAACCUAUCAUAAUCAAUAGUUUGAAUGGGCAAUCUGCAGAUGCUUCAUACAUUUUUGGACUUAUAAAUUAAUUAAUUAUAUAUACCUAUGAUUCUUGAAGAAUAUAACUUAUAAAUGCCUCAUAAGCUUAGUUCAACUGUCAUACCCCAUCAGAACCAAAAGCUUGUUUUACUCCAAUGUUUGUAAACACACACUGUAUAGCCUCAAAAUAUGCUUGACACUAUCAUUUUUAUAUAUUGAAGGGUCAGUCCUUGCAUCCAUAGCUCUGUCUAUUAAUAUCAGAGUGGUUACAUUUCUCCAGGCCCAUCCUUCAGCUUUUUACCAAAACAGAGGGAAACCUUUUUGUUAUUGUUUCAUCUGCGGAUUGCCCCUUUAAUGCUGCAGCGUUGUACAUAGAUCAUAAAUGUGUGUGUCAGUGUAAUGCCAUUGUUGUCUAUCUCACCCGUAAGCUGUCAACAUAACCCUUCCACACGCUUCUCUUAAGUAAUAAUAAUAAUAUAUUUAAUUUUAAGCACUUUACAAGACACCCAAAUUCACUUUACAUACACAAGAUAAUCAGUAGGAUUAAAAGCAAUAAAAUCAUACAUUAAAAUAAGUAAGUAUAUAUAUCUACGCCAAACAUAAGGACAGACUAACCAGGAAAAAACUAAACAGGAUGACACUAACUAGGGACGUGAACUAGUGAGGGAUCUCUAAGACAACAGAUCAUGUGAAGAGGUGUGUCAUUGUCUCCCAUGGAGCAGAGCCUGGUGUGAGAGAUGGUUAGGAGGCCAAUGUCAGAAAAGCGCAGGGAACAGGUGGGAGUGUGGAGGUGCAGGAGGUCAGUAAGGUAUGUGAGUAUUUUGAAGAUGAUCCUGUAUUGAACUGGGAGCUAGUGAAGUUUGAGGGUGGGGGUGAUGUGGUCCCACGGUUUGGUGUCUGUAUGGACUGGUCUCUUCCUCUCUGUUGCUCUAAUCGUCUCCCCUUCAUUCUCUAAUGUUUUUAGUAGGGUACAGAAUUAGAGAAGGGCUGUUUCUCUAAAUCUCAGGCAGUAGGAUGAAGCAAGCCUGUUUCUCUCCCCUGUCUCCUAGACUCUGACAAGAAGCAGCAACCUAUCCUCCUUAAAACACAUUUGAAGCCCACAAUUGUGAAAGGGGGAACACUAAUCAUAUUUAUGCAGCCUAUUAAUCACCCUUCCAGAACCAAGUAAACGUUUUAUUUCAAUUUCAGAAAAACUUCAUUGGAAAUUGGCCCAUUCAUUGAUAGGGAUGCAUGUGAGAUUGGACAGCAGUAAGCUGGUUUAUUUGUCCUUCAUACAUUCUUCUCGAUUUCAAAAUGGAACUGAAAGCAGGUAAUGGUGUUUAUAUGUACUGUUUCUUGAUUAGUAAAAGGUUAAUUUGUGAAAUAAAUGUGAAUAACUGUGUUAUUCUCAUAACAUAUUUGUAUCUAACAAUAGUAGCAGUUCAUUCAGUUCAUCCAAGCACGGGGAAGGCACUUUGUACUGUAUAUGAAAGCGUAUUGUCAGUCAGAGCACAGCGAUCUCUUCCACCGCUCUUCCAGGGACCAUUACAAUAUGGUGAUUAGGAACAACACAAACAACAACAACUAUCUAUUCACCACCACACAAUCCCCAUGUGGCAGAGAAUGGCCCAGUAGAGUGAUGUCCAUUCAUCCCUCUCUUCCGACUUGAUGCAAUUCUAUUGUGCAAAACACUCCAUUCAAAUUAGGUACUGAGGAUCUAUAGGAGGGCAGCAUAUACAUACACAUACAAGGGCCAAUGCCACUUCUGAAUUGAGCCUCUGUGAUUUGAGCCUCUCGUUUUAAAAACGACUAAUUGUGUGCGCAAUCAUCGAAAUGAUGGACACAAUUUAUGCAACUUCAAAACGUGUUUCCUAUCAUAUCAUCUUCGUCAUGCAGUCUUUAUAGGCAGUGAGGAAGACCUGGUGUCAGUAGAUGUGUGUUUGGGAGAUGUGUAUUGUUGCUGUCUGUCUCUCUAAGGCCAGGAUUCAGUCUUAUCACACCGUGUUGACAAUUCAGCUUUUAAAGGCAAUGUUCCUACAUUUGCUGAGAUUGCAUUCCUGGUAAACGUGGCCGAUGUCGGCGCAUUCGGAAGUUACCUUUGAAUGGCACAUUGUCGACAGCUGCAAUAUAGGAAAUAGCAACUAUAUAGGGAAUAGCCACUAUAUAGGGAUUAGGGUGCCAAUUUGGAUGCAUCGUAAAACCUCUGGUGGACAUAUCAGUGCACCUGUUAGGUGCUACAGUCAGAGAAUGGGUAGAGGGAUUGUAGUGGAAGACAAAAACUUUAUUAUGCAUUCCCUGUUAGCCAGGCCAGAUAGUGUUUUCUCUUUCACUCACUUAUUCCAUCUUCUCUUUUUCUUCAUUGCCCUGCUGUUGCCUUUACACGUCAGUUUCACCUAUUACGGCAGCCAUAUUUAAUUGUGCUUCUGUCUUUGUGAAUAUUUUUUUUUUUUAAUCAUUUCUAUUACCGGGACAUGCAAUUUCAAGUGCAGAGUUUCAAUCAACCAUAUGAAGAGCUUGCUUUGUUAUCUGUUAUGGCUUUUUAUUUUGUUACUUUUACUUUUUUCCACACCACCUUUAGGGUGAACGCUAUGUUCGUGUUGCGCUGGACGUAGUUUUUUUGAUGGAGCUUUUAAGGGUUUGUCUUAGUCACCGGUCAGUCUGUGGGUUAACUUCUCCUAACUGAAGGGCUGCUGGGAUCGGAACAAAGAUGGCACCUGUUGUGAACCAGCUGUUUGCCAUGUUCAAGCCCCCUCUGAUGACAUGGCACUUUAUAUGUUGACGAUGAUGCUAAAGCGAAACACAGGUUUUUUUGUAUGUCUGUCCGGAGCACUGCACUCGCAAGAAUCGUUAUCGGUGUCUAAGGUGUAUUCACCUUUGUAAUGUAUGUGUGUGUAUGUACAAGUAUGUGUGUGUGUGUCAGAAGUGCAAUGUUGAUGUCAUUAGAUUACUUCAGUGUUGUGUUCUGAUUCUAAAUGCACUCAGGUGCUCUUUCUUUCUGUCUAUUAUUCCAGGUACAUUACAUUGUCUUGGGAGUUGAGCUGGAUGAUAUUCACACGUUUAUGCUAAUUCAUAUGAUUAAUAAUUCCUUCAACCCGGGGUAAAGAGGGAAUCCUCUUCAACAGAUGAAACAGGCCUGUGGGAGUGAGAGUGUACAGAAUGUUAAGAUUAGGACAGUGUCAUGGUUUUUGCAUCGCUGCUAUGUAUCAUAUGUGAUUGUCCAGUCUCUGUGUUAAAGGUCCUGCUUCUUGUGUUGAUAGAUGUCUGUACUGUUCCGCAUUUCUCUGAAGCCCUGUUUAUACCUGGUGCUAAUCUGCGUCAUGUGUCCUGAUCUCUUCCACAUUAUUAUUGUGUCCACAUUUUUAGUCAGGUGUAGGCAUUUUAAAGACAUAAUGUGAACUGAUUUUCAUCAGAACUUAUAACGGACAAGAUCAGGAUGAAGGAUGCAUGUUAGAAGCAGGUAUGAAUGGGGCUUGAAUGUACUUGUCAAGGUUCGUCAAUUCCCACAAACAAAAAAAGCAUGGCACACCUGUACUGAAUGCAGCUGUUACAAUGUAAAUAUGUACCAAAUAUAUACAGAAGCUAUUUUUGCAUGCUUUUUGUACACCUAGACACACAAUAAAAUACAAUAAAAAUUAUUAUAAUCAUUUUUGAAUAAUUUUGUAUUUUGUAAGUAACCUGUAAAAGGGUAUGCAAGAGUAUAACCUAAACUCAGAACAUGGUUUAUUGAAUUCAAGUGGCAAUCGCAAACUGUUAAUGAGAAAGAUAUAACCUAAAAUACAUAAUUAUUUAUGUGUCUUUCAAAGUGGAGUACCCCACCAGUAGUCAUUCUAGUGUUGUCUCUUGAAGACAACAUUGAGGGCUCUGUGCCGAUGGAAGAGGUUGGAAAUGGGUGGUGCUACCAUAAAGUAGAGGGCUGUUAUAACCGUGUUAUAAAAAUGUUAUGGAACCGUGUUAUAAUGGUCAUAUCAAGUUGGAAAUUGGUGGUUCUCCCGUAAAGAAGGGCUGCCUAAAAUGUGUUAUAAACCAUGGCGCUUUGAGGUAAUGAACCAACACUCAACUAAUACACAGUGCUAAUUCUGCAAUGUUGAGAGAACAGUGCUUUUAGGGAGGGUGGCUGCUUCUCUGAAAGAAUAAUAUUCUGUAUUUAUCUCGGUUUAUAUCCUAAACAGAUAGCCUCAUUUGAAGUCUGUUGCCAAGAUUUGAAGGUAUAAAUAAUUAGCAGUUGAAUAAUUGAGCUGAUGAGAGAAGAAUGUUGUUUGAGACUGUCUUUUCCUGUCCAAGUGUCCUCUGCAUGGCAGUACAGCCUGGAGUCUGUGUUCUGCAGGAGCCGGAUCCACCUGUUUCUGCUGUCUGGAGCCCAAGCGUCAUGAAUCUACCCUUUGUAGGAUCACUCCUGUAGGAGAGGAACAGAAAACAUGGCAAUGUUCAAAUGGGGCUCUUUAAAAACAGGCCAUUUAGCCCACUGGGCAGUUCAAUAGGCCUACGUCACAGGGGGCAUAGAUUAGGGUGUGCACAUAAGGAAAGAACUGUGUGAGAUGUUAAAUGUUUUGAAGUCUUUUGAAUUGACUCGCCACAAAUACUUUAACAUUCUCAUGUGGUUAACUGAUGUGUUUCUUCUGGUCCAUGUUUGAAUACUUUCAAAAUGCAUCCUUCCGUCCUUCUUCCCUUCCUUGAUGUACGUAUUGAUGGUAAGUAUGUAAGCAAUGGUUCUAAUACAUAGCUUCUACCUAUCCAGUCAUGUCAGAUCAGGGAUUACUGUAGUUAAGAAAUAAUCCACAAAAAAAACAAUAUUUUUUAAUUAGUCCACUCCCAAUGGACACACCACGUAAUUUCAAAGUUGAUGUAAAAAGGUCUAUGUGUAGCUGGUGUAGGGAGUCAGGCGCAGGACAGCAGAUAUGAGUAAUCAACAUACUUUUACUCAAAAUGUCCAAUGUACAGAGUAACAUCACGAGCAUACCAUAACAGACCGAAAAUACAAAAUAAACAAUCACUCACAAAUACAACAUGGGGAACAGAGGGGUAAAUAAUAAACAACCAAUUCGUUGAGUGAAGCCAGGUGUGAAAAGACAAAGACAAAACAAAUGGAAAAUGAAAAGUGGAUCGGUGGUGGCUAGAAAGCCAGUGACGUCGACCCCCGAACGCCGCCCGAACAAGGAGAGUUGUUGGAUUGGGUUGGAGGAGCGCUGUGUUAACUUCUAGUUCCUCCCAAACCCGGAUCCGGGAGCACCCCCAUCAGUAAAAAAGCUGACUAGCAUAGCCUAGCAUAGCGUCACAAGUAAAUACUAGCAUCUAAAUAUCAUUAAAUCACAAGUCCAAGACACCAGAUGAAAGAUACACAUCUUGUGAAUCCAGCCAUCAUUUCUGAUUUUUAAAAUGUUUUACAGGGAAGACACAAUAUGUAAAUCUAUUAGCUAACCACUUUUUUUACUCCACCAUUUUUUUACUGCAUCAGUAGCUAUCACAAAUUCGACCAAAUAAAGAUAUAAAUAGCCACUAACCAAGAAACAACUUCAUCAGAUGACAGUCUGAUAACAUAUUUAUUGUAUAGCAUAUGUUUUGUUAGACAAAUGUGCAUAUUUCAGGUAUAAAUCAUAGUUUACCAUUGCAGCCACCAUCACAACUCUCACCAAAGCAACUAGAAUAACUACAGAGACCAUCGUGUAUUACCUAAUUACUCAUCAUAAAACAUUUCUUAAAAAUACACAGCGUACAGCAAAUGAAAGACACAGAUCUUGUGAAUCCAGCCAAUGUUUCAGAUUUUCUAAGUGUUUUACAGCAAAAACACAAUAUAGCAUUAUAUUAGCUUACCACAAUAGCCAGAAACACAACACCAUUUACCAGCAGCAAAGGCUAGCGAUCGUAACAAACAGGCAAAAUAUAUAUAAUUUUUGACUAACCUUGAUAUUUCUCAUCAGAUGACAGUCCUGUAACAUCAUAUCACACAAUGCAUAUAGGGUUUGUUCGAAAAUGUGCAUAUUUAGCGGCACAAAUCGUGGUUAUACAAUGUGAUUAGUGGCCAAAACUUCAAGCAAUCUGUCCGGCGCCAUCUUGGAGAGGCACCUAUUCUAAUCGAUAAGUAAUCAUAAACUUGACAAAAAAAAUACAGGUUGGACAGCAAAUGAAAGAUACAUUAGUUCUUAAUGCAACCGCUGUGUUAGAUUUUUAAAAUUAACGUUACUACGCAAUACAGCGUGCGCUAAAGCGAGACCGCACCGAAAUUCAUGGCGGAAUUAUUAUUUGACAUUUGUCAACAUAAAUACGAAUUAACAGCAUAAAGACUGCUUACUGUGGGGUUUUUAUAAGGUUUUUGACAUGCUUAACUAACUAUUCUUAUGCAUUAAAGUUUGAAUUGCUGACUCUUGUGAACCUGCAUUUUCCAUUGUUCUCUACUCUUACCAGUGCUCUGUCUAACCAUGAAUAUCAGCCUGAAGUGUGUGUGUGUUAGAGAGAGCGCUGUACUGUAUGAGAUAUGUGUGUGUAUGCAACAAAUGUAUCAGUAGUGUGGGCGCUGUACUAUGUGACCGAGACUGUGCUAAUCUUAGAGAGACACAGGAGGGGGGUGAAUCAGGAGACUGCUGACCAGACAAUAACAGAUAAACUAUACACACGAAAAACAUAUGUGAAUUUCUGAGUUAUGCACUAUAACCCAAUACUAUAACAAACGUGAUUAGCAACUGUAUUGUAUGUGAUUGAAUACUAUAACAAACGUGAUUAGCAACUAUAUCAUAUGUGAUUGAAUAUUGUAUUGUAUGUGAUUGAAUACUAUAACAAAUGUGAUUUGAUAUUGACAAACUGUUUGGGCGCCUGGAUGUCUGUGUGUGUGUGCUGGAAGUAACAGUUAGCUCAGAUAAGAAGCUGGGAAGCUGUAGUUAGCCUUGAGCGAGAACAGAGGACAAUGCAUACAGGUGCAGAUAUCUCAGACAAUGUUAUAAAACUGUCUGACCCAAGUCUUUGGGGUGAAGGAGGGUAAUCUACACAGCAACAGUAUCGGGACAUCAUAUGCGCUAAGGGGCCAGGACUGGCUUAAGGCGCCAACAUCAACGAUAGGCUGGGUGAGUCUAAACCACGCCCAGUCUCUACUCUGACAGGCCGGCUCGGAAGUGGGAACUAACCUCUGUCAGAGUAUAAUAUAAUAUCUUUGUCAGAAACAAAUCAGUUCUCUGUCUUAUCCUGCGUGAUGAAACAUUGAACCCGUAUAUACGGAAAUUGUAUUUGCCAUUUAUUAACUUUUGAAUUAAACAAUUAUUUUAACCAAGUUCAGGUGUUCCUAUCUCAGUUGAACUUUCGCAACCCUAACAAAUGGUGACCCCGACCGUGAACUGAGGGAACUUCGCUGGACAUUGAGGCAUCCAGCCUUUGGCCUAGACUGUCGCCAGAUGGGGUCCUCUCACAAAAAGCCCGGGUCUACUAAAAAACAGGUAAGCAGAGCCUAUUGUUUCAAAACUGAAAUUCUGCAUAUUGGACUUUACCAAAUUUAUUUUGUGAGAAAACCUAACUGGUGUAAGUUACUAAAUUUUUGAACCAUAUGUUCACUACAACAAAGUAAGGAUAAAACUAACUACGUAUUAUUUAAUUACGUACUACUUGAUGGCGAAUGCAUUUUCAAUUGGCCAACAGAAUGACAAUGGAAUGACUGUGUGUAUGACGUGAUAUUAAAAGCCUGUUUGUGUGUGUGUAUGUAUCUAAGCUAGGGUUGUUUUAUUAAAAGUCUUAUAUAUAAGACUUUAGGGAAGUGAUUGAGAACAAUGGCCACAUAACCACCGUGACAGGCGGAAUAUUGGAAAUAAGACAAGUUCUAAUAAUUGAACGGCAAUAUACCGACUUCACGGAUUUUUAUGUAUUCACAUGGUAUGUGGGAUAUAAGAUAAAUUGUCGAUUAAUAAGUCUAGGUGUGUUGGACCCUCGACUAAAAGUGGACGGCAACAUAGUCCAGGGGAAGGCAGAAGAAUUGGAUAUAAGAUAAGUCUAGGUCGACCCUCGACGGCAAUUCACUGUAUAAGACAUGUCCCCUGUUACAAGUAAACGGCAAAGCAUUGAUGAAGAGAGGUUACGUUAUAUGCGCAAAUAAUUUAACGGCAAUGUUUUGGAGAUAAGAUAAGUUUACUGAUUGGAAAAGACGUGUUGGAAAUAAGAUAAGUCACACUGUAUGUCUGUUGCUUUAUGAUUGUAUCCCUCUGUAUGUAUUGUAUCAGGCUUUUAUGCAAGGAAAAGUAAGGACAUGUAUAUAAAUUGCAUAACCAUAUAUACUUAAGUCACAUAUUAACCACGUACUAUAAUCUCAUAUUAUUAGUCACAGACACACUAGUCACUGGGUAAUAAUAGAUAAGAACAAAAUAACGAUAAAAUUAAGCAAAAAAGAAAAAGAAAAGCUAUACAGAGAAUGGACAGAAGAUGGCAGUAUUGCCACAUUGGCUGACAUGCGAUAUAAAUUUAGCGAAGUAUAUGGUAAGUUUACACUUUGGAAUGGAAAGAGUUGAGAAGUUGAUUUUACUUAUACGAUAGUUUUGCUGCUAAACUUAGUUGGAGUAACUAGAUGUUUUGCCUAGAGGCAUGAAUAAGACAGUCAUUUUUGGUAUCACCAGAGAAUUCGAACAAUAAGUAAACGUAUUCUAAACGUGAUCUGUUUUCAUUAUGGUGAACAAUGACCGGCCCGCAAACUGGUAUGACUGGCUGGGAAUUUUUAAAGAGACAGUACACGUUUAUCACAGUUGUGUGAAUAAGUUACAUGAAACAUCGGGGAAAUUUAAAACGAACGAUUUGAGGGUAUUAUCAUAAUUAUUAGUUUUUGUUUUUGUGGUAAACGUUUGGGUUAAGGGGUUUUCCGUGUUCCGAGAGACAAGAUAAUAUUAGGAGUUUUAUUUAGACAAGGGACUUUGUUAAGAUAAAGGGUUCUUUUGGUAUGUCUAGACAUGGGAUGGAACACGAAUGUAAGGGGGUGGUGUAACCUUUGUAAUCUUUUGACCUAUUUUCGUUGCAUUUUCCUGUGAUUUGAUCACUCACAGGGAAAUGUAGUGAGAGUAAUGCAAUUGUGGUCAUUUGGGAAUACUAAUUUUGAGGUAAAUCAUAUAAUGGAGUUUAUAGCUCUUGAACAUAAUUGUAGUUUGAACCACUGAGGAGUCAGGAUUCUGUUUUUAAACAUUGGCUAUGAAGGUUUUGAAUUGGCUAUAUGGUAUUACAACAGAAAAAAUCCCAUUUGUCAUCGAUAAUAAAUAUGGGAUGAUAUGAUACAUUGAGGUUUGAACAGGAGAUAUUUUAAGCCAAUAGGGCAGGAAAGUAAUAGGUUUCAGUUCUUAGAGGAGUGAUCCUGAGGGGAGAGAGCUUAUUUAAAUAGUAUUAAAAUUAUUGAUAGGAUAGGGAUAGGUUUAUUAAGGUUAUGUAAGGACUUUAGAGAUUGACACUAUAAGACAUGUUGUUGUUAUUUUUAAAUCCAUGAUAAAGUCAAAACAGUGAGACACUUAGUUAAUAUUGCUAAAGGAACUAUUAUUAGAAAAAGGCAGACAGAUGGGUCUACCCCGCACUGUUGAGACCUUGAAGGUUUGAGAGCAGAGUGGGGAGGGGGGACCAGGAAAUGAGCAAGGUAGGCUGUGGAAUAAGAUAGGAUAGAAAGGGUUUAACGUAUAUAAGCAGCACAGAUACAUUUUAAAGUAGAUAAGUCACUUGACAGAGAAUUGGAAAAGGAUAGAUAUGAAUGGACGCCCAAGGUACAAUUGGACAUGUGGAAAAUGAAAGGGGCCUUCCUAUUGUAUAAUGUAGAACAUAAGAAUAUUUUACUAAUCAUAAUUAAGUCAUUAUUUAGAGUAGGUAAGGUUGUUACCUGGCCAGAGCCAGGUAUCAAACGGGGGAGGGGUACAUUGUGGUCUAGGAUAGGAUGGGGCCUAUUGGAUAAUAAACUAAUAAAAAAAAUAAAAAAAUCUAGCUAAUAAAUAGGCGUAGAAGUUAAAUAUAUAAUCAGAUAGAACAAAUGACAAACUGUUUGUUAACCAAACCUGUAUGUCCAAGAUUUUAUGCACUACAGGUGAAUUACAGGUGAACUCACUCAAUCCAGUCCCUGAGGCCUGUUGGGGGGACCAUACCAAGGACUCCUGGUAACAGCUAGCUGAAGUAGCUACCCGGAUUCAUAUCACACUGCGGGAGGGUAAGACACAUUGACACUGUCGAACAAGCACAGUGUCCGAGAGGAGAACUGGAAUUAACAGAAUUCUGGGGGCCAUCUCUCGGAUGAAAAUGUCCUUUUCCCGUCAUUCCAUCCCUGUGUUUGUUCAUAGAAGUGAAAGUGUGUCUGGCUUCUUGCUGAUGAUGUGUUCUCUGGGAGAGGGUGGGGCUUUACAGGAUUGCUUGUGGUCCUGAGUUGUCUGUUUAGGAUACGAUGGGGAUGUUGCCAUCACAGUACUGCCAGAACCACCACCAGUUCCAACAGACCAGGUUCAGCCGGCCUCCUCCACCACUUCAAGACCAAGUCCCACACCACCACCUAAGCUCUCCAAUCUGGUACAGGUAAUAAAUGUGAAAGACAUCUCAGAUAGUGACCAAUCUGAUUCUGGUUAUGAGGGUGGGGAGAACAUGUGGUUGGCCUAUAUGAGAUACACUGCCAAAACACUUAAUAGAAAGGACUGUGUCGUAUGUGGACAUGCCAGACUUGUUCUGGCUGCUCACCCAUUUGCCCUAAGUAAUGGGGAAGGUUGGAUGUGCAUAUUGGAAAGUUUAAGCCAAAUUCAACCCUGUGUAAAACUCUGAGUCUUGUGUUCCCAGAAGUCCGUCCCCAGAAGACACCAUGGGGGUUAAGGCAUAUGGGGGAUAUUACAGCUGUAACACUGGUACAGGUAGAGGUAUGGACUAUGGGAGGUUCCCUGCUGCUGCCUGCAUCACUAAUGUCACUAUUAACUAGAGGUGUUGCUGAUGUAUGGUGGAUGUGAGGACCUGCCAGGCGGUUGACCCCAAUUUUGAAAGGAGAUUGUCAGGGAACAUGUGUUUUGGCCAGUCUGAUAAACACCAUUGCCUAUUAUUGAGGUUACAGCUGACCAACUUUUGGGAGCUGCACAUGACAGAGGCUUGGGACCAACCCAGGAGACGGCAGAAACGUGACGCUCCUUGGUCCGAGGGAACAGAUAACAUCCACACCAACCUGUUGGGGUCCCAAUAGGGGUCCCCCACGAAUUCCACACAUUAAACAGGAAUGAUGGCCUGUGGCAUUUAUUGCCCAUUAUUGGCCCAGCUAUUGUUGAUGCUAAACAGAAUGCCUGGAUCAAUUAUAUCUGGUAUAAUCAACAAUGAUUUGUUAACUACACCCACACUGCACUUACAGGGAUAGCUGAACAAUUGGAUGCCACCUAUCGAACCAGUAGAUAAAAUAGACUAGCACUGGACAUGAUUCUGGCCAACCAGGGGGGUGUUUGUAAAAUGUUUGGAGAACAAUGUUGCACGUUUGUCCCUAACAAUACCAGUCUGGAUGGGAGCAUUUCAAAAGCUCUGAGUGGGUUGGAAAAGUUAUCUGUGGAGAUGAAGGGUCUUGCAGGUGUGGAGGAGAGUGGACUGUUCUCCUGGAUGGGUGGUUGGUUUGGUGAGUACACUGUAUUGAUGGUUACUGGAUUUCUAACCCCAAUAAUUCUUCGUGUUUUCUGUUGUGCUGCUUGCAUUUUACCUUGUGCCAAGAAAUCUAUUGCAGAUGCUGCUAAGGCCUCUGGCAUGAUGCCCCUGCUUGCAGCUAGUGGGGAGGAUGCAGAGUCCAAUGAACAGAUGGGGUUGACUGAGGGUGACCCAUGGUUUGCUGUAAAAGAGGUUUAUGAAUAACACUGUUCUCCCUAAGAAGGUUAUAAGUUCCUGGGUGGUAACGAGCCCACCUAGUAUAUGGAAAAGGGAUGGAAUUUUUAUUGGUUGUGACACCUUACAGGUGUCAAACGGGGGAAUCAAAAAUAAAAAUGUCAAUCAAAAAUGUUUAAGUAAUAAAAAAUGUCUAUGUUAAUCAAAAAUUGUUUAUGUUGACACCUAUAGGUGUCAAACGGGGGAUUGUGGGGUUUUUAUAAGGUUUUUGACAUGCUUAACUAACUAUUCUUAUGCAUUAAAGUUUGAAUUGCUGACUCUUGUGAACCUGCAUUUUCCAUUGUUCUCUACUCUUACCAGUGCUCUGUCUAACCAUGAAUAUCAGCCUGAAGUGUGUGUGUGUUAGAGAGAGCGCUGUACUGUAUGAGAUAUGUGUGUGUAUGCAACAAAUGUAUCAGUAGUGUGGGCGCUGUACUAUGUGACCGAGACUGUGCUAAUCUUAGAGAGACACAGGAGGGGGGUGAAUCAGGAGACUGCUGACCAGACAAUAACAGAUAAACUAUACACACGAAAAACAUAUGUGAAUUUCUGAGUUAUGCACUAUAACCCAAUACUAUAACAAACGUGAUUAGCAACUGUAUUGUAUGUGAUUGAAUACUAUAACAAACGUGAUUAGCAACUAUAUCAUAUGUGAUUGAAUAUUGUAUUGUAUGUGAUUGAAUACUAUAACAAAUGUGAUUUGAUAUUGACAAACUGUUUGGGCGCCUGGAUGUCUGUGUGUGUGUGCUGGAAGUAACAGUUAGCUCAGAUAAGAAGCUGGGAAGCUGUAGUUAGCCUUGAGCGAGAACAGAGGACAAUGCAUACAGGUGCAGAUAUCUCAGACAAUGUUAUAAAACUGUCUGACCCAAGUCUUUGGGGUGAAGGAGGGUAAUCUACACAGCAACAGUAUCGGGACAUCAUAUGCGCUAAGGGGCCAGGACUGGCUUAAGGCGCCAACAUCAACGAUAGGCUGGGUGAGUCUAAACCACGCCCAGUCUCUACUCUGACAGGCCGGCUCGGAAGUGGGAACUAACCUCUGUCAGAGUAUAAUAUAAUAUCUUUGUCAGAAACAAAUCAGUUCUCUGUCUUAUCCUGCGUGAUGAAACAUUGAACCCGUAUAUACGGAAAUUGUAUUUGCCAUUUAUUAACUUUUGAAUUAAACAAUUAUUUUAACCAA